CAACGAUGCUGCGCCGGCCGUUCUCGUCCUUCCGGCCGUGGAAGCAGGGCGCUGGGGGCGCUGGGAAGCGCAAGCCGGACGCCAAGUCGUGGCUCCCCAAGACGGAGCCACCCAAGGUCGAGCUGCCGCCCGGCGAGGCGUUGUACGGUAUCCACGGCGUGCGCCAGGCGCUGCGCUGCAACCAGCGCGCCUUUCACAAGCUCUACCUGCGCGACACGAACGACCAAAAGACGGCAGCCAAGAAGCCUUCAUCGGAAGACGAGCGCCACCUGAAGGAGAUCAAGGCCAUGGCAACCGACGCUGGUAUUCCCAUCGUGUACGAGAGCAAGUGGCUGCUGAACCGAGCGACCGACGACAAACCGCAUCAAGGCGUCGUGCUCUUUGCAGAUCCGCUGGCGAUCGCCGAGUUCGAGCCGGACGUGCCACCAGCCGAUGCAUCCGGUCGCCCGCCCGUGCUGCUGGCCCUCGACGAGAUUCACGACGCGCAGAAUUUUGGCGCCGUCUUGCGCUCGGCCCACUUCCUUGGCUGCCAUGGCGUGCUGACGAGCAUGCGUCACAGCGCACCGCUCUCGCCCGCGGUGUUGCGUGCGUCUGUUGGUGCGGCGGAGGUGCUCGUUGCCGAGGGUCGUUUGUGGGAAACGCGCAACAUGCACCAAGCCAUUGCGAUGAGCAAGGACCUCGGCUGGGACGUUGUUGGCGCGUGCAGCGGCGCCAAGUCCAUCUCAGCCGACACGUUCGCGCUCACAAAGCCCACGAUCCUAGUCAUGGGCAACGAACACCGCGGGCUCAAGUCCAACAUCAAGCAGUGCUGCGAUGCUAUUUUGACCAUCCCAGGAGCUCCGCAAGAUGCUGCGUCCAAGGUCGACUCGCUCAACGUCAGCGUCGCGGCAGGCAUCCUGAUGUAUCAACUCCUCCAUGGUCACUAAUAGAGCUACAAGUCGAAGAUGGAGUAGAAUAGCGCUAAAUUCUUAAAUAGGUUGGGUAAUUACAUAAUGCUACAAGCUUCGCCCAGGGCGGGCUUGAGGGGCUGG